UUGAGCGUUUUGUCACUGGUAAGCCACUGUCACAGUCGUACGUUUUUCUGAUAAAUUUCCGCAAAAUCAUGGCAUCGCAUAUCGAGAACAAGGCCAUUCAGCUGCGGGACGAGGCCGUGAAGAAGCUGAAUCCUGGGGGAUUUUUUCGGACUCUAUUCGGAAGGGGCAACAAGACCAUAGAAGCCAUCGAAUACUACACCAGAGCGGGAAACCUGUUCAAAAUGGCCAAAAACUGGCUGCAAGCUGGAUUGGCYUUCACCGACGCCGCUGACCUACACAGCAAAACCGAAGACACCCUGGAGGGCGCCAUUAAUUACUCCGAGGCGGCAAAUUGCUUCCGAAAAUGUGACUACUCGAUGGCCAUCGAAUGCUACCUGAAAGCACUGAAAAUGUACUCCGAGAUGGGCAGGUUCUUGACUGCUGCUAAGCUGCAUCAGACCAUUGCUGAGCUUAUGGAAGACGAACGAGACUUGGCUGGGGCUAUUCGCCACUAUGAGCAGGCGGCCGAGUUGUUGCAUGAGGAAAACCAUCAUUCCAUCGCCAACAAAUGCAUUUUAAAGGUGGCAGAAUUCGCGGCCCUCGAAGGAAAGUAUCAGAAGGCUAUCAAAAUGUUCCAGGAUAUCGCAUGCUUUGAUCUAUCCAGCUCAUUGCUUCAAUACAACGCGAAAGAAUACUUUCUGAGAGCAGCGAUUUGCCAUCUAUGCAACGAUCCCGAAAUUGUGGGCACCAUCAUCAACAGAUACAUAGAGAUGCAUCCAGCGUUUAAAGACUCCAG